AUGGCUGACAUGUUUUUUGAGAACAUCACUGAAGAGCUGCGAGGUCAUAUUUACCCCGGAAAGCUUCGCUUAAAGUCUACUGAUGUGAUGUUUAAGAACGAAACCACUGGCAAAGUAGACCACUUUUCGAGUGGGGAUAUCGCUUCGGCUGACUGGAUCUCCCGAGCCACUGGACUAUGUUUACGUUUAAAACUUACAAAUGAAACUGUUCAUCGCUACGAUGGGUUUGGCGAAAUCGAAUCCGAAAAAGUUACAUCAUUUUUCAAAAAGAAUUACGGACUUGACGUUAAUAAACGCGAGCUUUGCUACAAAGGGUUCAAUUGGGGUGAUGUCGUAUUCGAAGGUGACGUAAUGGAGUUCGUCUACAAGAAUACCAUGGCCUUUGAUGUUCCACUAACUAAUAUUUCAAAUGCAGCGACAAGUAAAAACGAGGUGAUCUUUGAGUUCCACCCCAAUGAUGACGCUGAAAUUUGCCUCUCAGAAAUGCGGUUCCAUACACCGGGCACCGAAUCAGACAAAGAUGGUGCUGCUGGCGCAAUAUAUUCGCGUGUCAUGCAGAAAGCUGAUAUUAUUCAAGUUACUGGAGACUCCUUGGUUGAGUUCAAGGACAUCUCCUAUCUCCAGCCUCGUGGUCGCUACGAUGUCAAACUCUACAAUACAUUUCUGCACCUACACGGAAAAUCUUUUGAUUACAAAAUUCCCAAGAGCACCAUUAUUCGGCUGCUUUUGCUUCCUCAUCCUGACGGUCGGCAGGUUUUCUUUGCUGCCCAAGUCGAUCCUCCUCUUAAACACGGCCAAACACGAUAUCAUAUAAUUAUAAUGGUGUUUGAUAAGGACAAGCACAUCGAUAUCGAACUCAGUGUUAGUGAAGACUAUCUUCAGAAGAACUACGAUGGUAAAAUCACUCAAGUAAUGGUUGGGCCUGAGUACGAACUCUUCGCUCGUCUGUGUAAAACACUUUACAAUCAGAAAUUGACGGUGCCUGGUUCGUUUAAGGCAAAGAAUGGUGGAUCUGCGGUUCCAUGUAGUUACAAAGCUUCCGUCGGUCUGCUGUAUCCUCUCGAGCGCGGUUUCAUUUUCAUUCCCCGACCUCCCGUUGCCAUAAGGUUUGAUGAGAUUGUCGGUGUAAAUUUUUCCCGUGGUACCGGCGCACAGCGGUCGUUCGACUUUGACAUUGAGACACGCGUGGGGGUUACGCAUACCUUCGUUUCAAUAGAGCGUGAUGAGUAUCAUAAGCUCUAUGACUACGUCACGGAAAAGCGUUUGCGUGUCAAAAACAUCGAAGACAAGGAUGCUGUUGAUCGAGAAAACCUCGAUGACGUGUGGUCUUCGUCUGACGAAUCACACGAUGCCUAUCUUGACAAGGUGAAGGCAGAGGGUCGUGAACGCACGGCUGAGGCUGCUGCAGGCACUCUGGCUGGUGCCGAAUUCUCGGACGACGACGAGGAAGACGAAGACUACAAGCCAGCGGAUACGAAUACAAGUGAGUCGGAUGUUGCAGAGGAGUACGACAGCAACGUGCAGUCCUCAAGCGACUCUGAUUCCGGUUCGGGAGUCGAGUCUGACUCUGCCAGUGGCUCCUCAUCGCCGCGUCAAAAGAAGCCCAAGAAAUCCGCCCAUCCUUCACGCCAAACCGAGAAAAAGGAGAGGAAGAAGACCCCCAAAAAAGACCCCAACGCUCCAACACGUCCACCAACCGCCUAUUUCCUGUGGUUCAACGAGCACCGCCAGCAAAUUAAGGCAAGCCUGGGCAGCUCCGCUGCUGUCACUGAGGUUGCCAAGGCUGCUGGUGAAAAGUGGAAGACAUUGGAGUCCGCCGUAAAGACAAGGUACCAGGAGCAGGCGGAUAAACUUAGAGCGCGCUAUGAAGAGGAAGUCAGGAAAUACAAAGAUAGGAUUGCGUCGGGUGAAAUUGAAGCUCCUGCAAAAUCGUUAUCCAGCGGCAAAAGGUCGAAGCCAUCCCCGUCUCCGCCGAAAGCACACAAAAAGAUGGUUCCUGGAAGUUCGUCUCAGGUCGGCAGUGGUGGGAACUUCAAGAGUGCCGAGUACGUCUCUGAGUCCGAAUCUUCCUCAUCGGCAGAUCGAAACCGGGGCGGUGACAGUGGUAGUGAGGAUGGAGGGAGCGAUAGCAAUCUAAGUGACUAG